AUGCCUUUGGCUAUUGAUGUUGGCCAACGUGUACUUGUUUAUAAUCCUUCACAUGGAUGGACAACGGCAUAUUUUGUUCGAGCACAACAAGCAAAUGAUAAUAAACUUCAAAUAUUAACAUGUCGAUUAUCAAAUUGCCAUCAUAAACCAACAUCACAAGAUCAUUAUCGUUAUCCACCAGAACGUGUUGCUUUAAAUGAUAAUAUAAAUGAUAAUGUUAAUGUUGGUACACGUGUACUUUGUAUGCCAAGUGGUGAUGCUGAUACAUCAAGAUAUAUUGAUAAACCAUUACGUGGUAUUAUUGCUGAACAACCAUCUAGUAAUAAUAAUCAACGUUAUUUAAUAUUUGCUGAUAAUGAUGCACCAUUUUAUUUACGUUCAAAUGCAAUACGUUUAUUACUUGAACCAUUGUCAAAUUAUUUAUCGAAAGUUGAUUUAGGUACAAGACAAUAUAUUGAAAAUUAUGUUUUAACAUAUCCAAAACGACGUCUUGUUGAUAUAUCUGUUAAAGAUCAUAUUAAUAUUGAAUUAAAUGGACAAUGGAUUGAUGCAAUUGUAUCAAAAGUUGAUGCUAGUCUUAUGCGUGUAUUUAUGCCGAUAUUAAAUAAACAUGAAUGGCUUUAUCGUGGUUCAUUACGUCUUCAACCAUUAUUUAAUUCAUUAUCAACAUAUGAACCACCAUGUAAACGUUUUGCAUCCGAUAAACAAAUAAUAGUUAAUGAUAAUAAAUGUCAUUUUCUUUUAAUGCCAUUAAAUCAUGGUUGGAAACGUCAAAUACGUAAUGAUCUUGGUACAAUUGUAUAUGCAUCACCAUGUGGACAAAUGUUUACUGAUGGUGAACGUUUACAUACAUAUUUAUAUCAAAUAAAUUCAUCAUUAACAAUUCGACAAUUUACAUUUGAUAUGAAUUGUCGUGUAACACAAAAAUUUCUUUCACCAAAUACAGCAUAUGUUAAUCUUGAAGAUUAUGCACUAGGAAAAGAAAAAGUACCAUUAAUGCUUGUUAAUGAAAUCGAUUCAUCAUUACCGAAACCAUUUGAAUAUAUUGCAGAACGAAUACCAUUAACAUCAGAUAUUAUUAUUGACCAAAAUAAUAUACAUGGUUGUACAUGUACAGAUGGUUGUUUAGAUACAACAAAAUGUGCUUGUUGGCAAAAAACAUAUGAUGCUAUUAUAAAAUCACAUUAUUAUGAAGAUUUAAUUCAUUCAUUGAAAGAAUUAUUUCGACAAUCAAUUGAUGAGGAUGAUGAUAGACAUGAUCAUACCGAUGAUAUGAGAUUAUUUCUUUAUGAUGCAUUAGCCAGAAGAAAUUUUGGUUAUAAACAUGGACGAUUACUUGAAAAAAUUCAUUCAGGUAUGUCGAAAAACAAAUAA